AUGUCGGUCGUAUCUCUCCUCGGCGUCAACGUUCUCAAGAACCCAGCCAAGUUCGGCGACCCGUACGAGUUCGAGAUCACCUUCGAGUGUCUUGAGCCCCUCCAGAAGGAUCUCGAGUGGAAGUUGACCUACGUUGGCUCUGCUACCUCCGAUGAGCAUGACCAAGAGCUUGACUCUCUCCUCGUCGGCCCCAUCCCAGUCGGCGUCAACAAGUUUAUCUUCCAGGCUGACCCACCCAACACCACCCGCAUUCCAGAUGCUGAGAUCCUCGGCGUCACCGUCAUCCUCCUUACCUGCGCCUACGACGGCCGCGAAUUCGUCCGAGUCGGAUACUAUGUCAACAACGAGUAUGACUCUGAGGAGCUCAAUGCGGAUCCCCCAGCCAAACCCAUCCUUGAGAAGGUCCGCCGCAACGUUCUCGCUGAGAAGCCCAGAGUCACCCGUUUUGCCAUAAAGUGGGAUUCUGAGGCCUCUGCCCCAGCCGAGUUCCCCCCCGAGCAACCCGAGGCCGACCUAGUUGCUGAUGGAGAUCAAUAUGGAGCUGAGGAGGCCGAAGAGGAAGAAGAUGAGGCUAUUGAGGGCGAGGCCGCUGCUGCUGACCCUGAUGCCAUGGAGCAAGAUGCCGAGAUGGCUGGAGCCGAUGGUGAUGCUGCCGAUGAGUCCGAUGAGGGUAGUGAGGACCUCGAGGCUGAGAGCAGUGGAAGCGAGGAUGAGGAGCUUGAGGAGGAAGAGGGUGCUGGCGAGGGAGAGGGUGACGCUGAUAUGGAUAUGGAUGGUGUUGAGAAACCAGCUACUGCUAAAGGUGCUGUUCCCCACCAAGUCGACGCUGUCAUGGCCCACUGA